GCGGAAGUUGUUUCCGGGAGGCGCGUGUUGGAUAACCAAGCCAUUCUGCAAUCAUGUCGUCCCAGCAGUGAGAGGUGUCUUACGCUAUGUUUACGUUUGGUAACCGGUCACCAUGGCUCUGACGAUGCUGCAGAGGGUUCAGCUGCUGACUCCCAAAGCAUCCCCACUGCUCUCCUCUCUGCGCCUGCUGAGUACCGCAACUGCACAUCAGGAGCAGCAGCAUGCAUGUGUGGUGUGUCUGUGGACCUCCUCCAGACGCUGCUCGGUACGACAUGGUUGUCGACGUGCCCCAUGGCUGCAGCACCUUCCACCCCCAGCGUCAGCAGCAGCACCAGGGAGGAGGGGGGUCUGCUCGAUGACCGUCCGUGAUCCCCUGCUGGGUGUGUCUGGAGCAGUACACCUGCACCGGGACUCCCCUCCGGAUGGAGGCGUGCGGCUGCUACUGGCCGGCUUGGCUCAGGGCUCCAAGGGAGAUGAGCAGGAGGCCUUGAAGAAAGUGUCCUCCUGCUCCUCCUCGCGGCAGCUCCUGCGUUUCCUGCGCUCUUCCUCGCUCCUCUCUGACAGCGUGGCGGCCACCGCGCUCCAUCGCCUGGCUGACCUGGAGCAGGACGGGGCGGGGGGGCUAAAGGAUCCCGCCGUGCUGAAGGACGAAGCUCUACGGAGCCUCUGUCAGAGGCUGGAGCAGGAGAGUAGUCGGCUGGGGGACAGGGCGCUGGUGUCUGCACUGCUGGCCUGCACGCGCCUCUACCUGGACCCCUGGAGCAGGCUGCUGGUGCGGCUGGUGUCCGAGAGCCAGGUGCGUCUGGACGAGGAGCGCCUGGGCGUGCUGGAGCUGUGCACGCUGGCCCAGGCACUGUUGGCCCUGGAGGGCCCCGACGGCACCAUGCUGGGUCAGACCAUGGCCCAGCUGCAGCACAGCGACCCGGCCCGCUGGAGCCUCGACGAACUGGCGGUGGCCUAUGAGGCCUUUGAGGCAGGCGUGGCUGAAGGCGGGCGCUACCAGGACCUGUUGAACACCAUGCACGGCCAUGCGCUGUCUGUGGCGGCCCGCCUGGAGCCGGCGGCGGUGAGCAAGAUCCUCGGAGCGCUGGUGGCGACGGGCCAGAGCCAAGCGCUGCCGCUGGUCAUCGCGCUGUGCAAGCAGGCCGUGCGCCACGUGCCCGUGUUCACGGACUCCCAGCUGACCACCGUGCUGUCCGCACUCAUCCACUUCGGCCACAGUGACCACUUCCUGGUGCAGGCGCUGGAGCUGCACUUCGCCAAGCGGGCCUUCACCGCGCACCCGGAGACAGUCACCCGGGUGAUGCAGUACUUUGGCCGGCGUCGCGUCUGGUCGCCGGCCGUGUUCGACGCGGUGGCGGAGAGCUUUGUGUACCGCGCCGACGACUACAGCACCAGCCAGGCGGCUCGGCAGCUGGAGGCCCUCGGCAGGCUGGGCUACGUGCCGCCCAACGCCGCCAGACUGUUCCGGAAAGUGGAGACGCUGCUCCACACGCGCUACUCCCAGUUCCAGCCGCGCGUCCUGCUGCAGGUGCUGCACGCCUGCACGCUGCUGCAGCGGUUCCCCCUCAACUUCGUCUCCAAGGUGUUCAGCCCCUACUUCCUGCAGCAGCUACAAGAAAAGGAGUCUGGGAUGGACAGAAUAGUCCUGGCACAGCUCACGCAGCUCUACAUGACGGUGAAGCUGGAGUGUCCCUUUUACAAUGGCCCACAGCUUUUGCCCAAAUACCGUCUUAAGUCUUUCCUGAUGCCUGGACGCUCCUUGGAGACAACGGUUGACAUGCACCUUUACAACGCCGUCAAGACAGGCUUGGUGGACCUACUGGGGGCAAGGUCAUAUUUUGCCUCAAAGGUCCUAACUCAGUUUUGCUACACGCUAGAUGUGGAGAUUAAGCUGGAUGAGGAGGGAUACGUGUUGCCAGCCAGUCACAUUGAUGAGAUUCAUAAGAGGAUUGCUGUUUGUAUCAAUGGGCCAAAGCGGUUUGCGGUGAACGCACAUCAGCUUUUGGGACAGGAGGCCAUCAAACAGAGACAUCUACGGUCCCUCGGCUAUGAAGUAGUGGAAAUUCCAUAUUAUGAGUUUGAGAAGCUGAGGGGCAAAGCGGAGAUAGUGGAUUAUCUCCACAAGAAGAUCUUCCCCCUCAGCUACAGGCUGAGCUGGUGACGAGCCUCCAUUAGGAGCCUUAUGAUGCCUUCACAAACCAGUUCUACAUGAUUACAAUGUAUUUAUUAUCAUAUUCACCAUGCACCACACUGUUUAUUAUUCACAGCCACAUUAAAGUGUUUUCAAUGAAG